CAACACCGUGCAGACGGACGAUGGUCAUACAGGUUUCAAGUUAUUUAUCACCGUACCGUGUGUGCGUCUCUAAAUUCUGUCAUGAUUUGGUAUUCUUUGUCGCUGAAACACUUACAGUGUUUGUUAAGAUUAUCUACAUCAUUAUCUCAACCGAGUUAUCGUUUAGGCCGUAUAUUGUCUACUGUAACAGUGCAACUACCACCAAAUCAUGCCAAGAACACGAGGAUGUUAUCAGCCUCUGCUCUGGAAUGUAAAAUAUUAUCUGAAGAAUAUGUAAAACAAACGUCAGAGUUCAUAGCAACAUCGACGAUGGAUACGCCAAUAAAACGAUAUCUCAAUGUUCCGUUUGAGGUACUUCUUCGAUACUACGGGAUGUUAACGCGAAGAGCUGUCCAACAUGGUGUCUCAGCAAUUGUCAUAGAUACCGAUUUAAAUAUUGUAGUUGGUGCUAUUCUAGUUUAUGUUUACUCUAAUGAAACUGAACUGGUGAACGACGAAGUUGAUGAUUUUCCCGGGCUACGCACCUUGAAACCAAAUUUGACGCUAAUGAGGGAAAUGCAGAAAAGAAUGUUCAAGUUCAAAGAGAUGACUGGAUCAUCGGGGUCUAAGGGUAAAAUUUGUGAAAUGUGUUAUGGCGGUGUUUUGGAAAGUUAUCGUCAACACGGAUUGGCGUUGAAACUGGGGCUUAGGAGUAUGAUGGAAGCAAUGGGAAAAGGUGCAACAAUGUUUUUUGGUUACCCGACAAGUCUUGAAGGUCAAACAAUGAUGGCACGUUUAUCAUAUAUGUUCAAAGAAGUGGACUCCAUAAAAUAUAAGGAAAUUGAGAUGAAAGAUGGAACGAAGCCAUUUGAAAAUUUCAGUUAUAAGUUCGAGGAUGUAAAAUUGAUGUUGGCAACAUCGGAUAUCUUGCGGGUUUUGGCGACAUCAGAUAGAUUGAGGGUUCCAAAAGGUUACAUAUAGCAACAGAGUAGCAAUCGCCAUAUUCUAAAGUAUCGUCUUCGGUAUGUAGUUGCCCAGCAAAAUAAAAAGGCAAGCAAACUGAACACCCGAGCAUUACGGCACGACACACAUGUCGAGACGAGAUGAUGCAUAUUGACUAAUUGUCUAAUUUGACUAAUUUGAUAUAGAUCUCACAAUUUGAGAAUUUCAAUGAACUGACUUUCACCUAAAUAAUUAUAUGGAAAUUUAAAAUAGAAAUGUUUCCAUUUGAACAAUGGGCACGAUCUACCCCUCUUAAAGAAAUUAUUCCUCAAAUUUAUUCUCAUGAUACGAAGUUUCUACAUGUGACUUGUAACAUUUCUCUAUAAAAGUACACAGCUUAUUUUUGGAGAAGUUCUUUUCAAAAUAUUAGCUGGAUUUAUAUUGUCUAAGUAUUCAUAAAUAUAACUGAAACCGCACCAAUACGAAAAUGUGAGUCUUGCAUUUAUUCUAAUGCAUAUGUGAAGUCAGUAUACCACUAUGCAAACCCAUUAACUCGAAUAAACUCA